UUGCGGAAUCCCUACCCUCCCCCCUCCCCCCUCUCUAUCUCCUCUCCCUCCUCCGUCUUGGGGGCGGCGGGCCAUGGACGUGCACCACCCACCGAAUGCGGCGGCGGCGGCGGCGGCCGCCGCCCUCGGCGACAUGUUCCCCCACGAGCCCGCCACGGAAAGUGAAGACAGCAGCACAGAGUGGCUCUCCAUCUAUUUAGAGGACUGCUUGUCUAACCCUGCAUCCUACUCUGUCUCCGAAGAACAAGCAUCUGUAAACCCGAAGCUGCCACAUCCUUCAUCUUCCAAUCCCAGAAGAAAGAAGAGAAGCCUGGCCUCUGUCAUAAGAGAUAGUGAUGAAGAAUAUUUCACGCUGAUUGUUGAGCCACCGCUACUACUUGAUCAGAAGCACUGGCUAGCAGAGAGUGAGCUCAUCCUCCCCAAGAAAGACAAGGACCAAGAACUUGUCCAAAAACAGGAGCAGCAACACGAGGAAGAAUAUAAGCCCUAUACAGUGCAGGUCAAGCAAGAGCAGGUGGUGAUGAGGUGUAGCAUUUGUUUGUCCGACCAAACAUCACAGCAGUGGCAGGGCAGUCCAUCAGGGGCAUUAUUGUGCAACAAGUGUAGCCUGAGGCUCAAGGCACGGAACGGGUUCAUCAAACUGGAGCGCUGCGGCCAACAAGUUGAUGAAGAACAAGAUCAUGGAAGGGGGCAGGAUAAGAGGAAGAUCAAGAAGACCACAUAUUAUGGAGAUGAUGAGGAGCCUCCACAGGAGAAGAAGAGGAUCAAGAAGAUCUCAUUUGUGGACGAGCAGGGCAAGAGGAGGACCAAGAAGACAUAUGUGAAUGAGGAGGUCCCACUGGAGGAGGAAGUGAAGCGGUGCACCCAUUGCCUGUCCCACACAACACCGCAGUGGAGGAGCGGCCCUCUAGGGCCCAAGACCCUAUGCAACGCGUGCGGCGUGAGGUACAAGUCCGGCAGGCUGCUGCCGGAGUACAGGCCCGCCAACAGCCCAACCUUCGUGAGCUUCAUGCACUCCAAUUCUCACAAGAAGGUGAUGCAGAUGAGGAUGAGUGUCGAGAACGAGAACGAGAACGAGAACGAGCACUCGCACUCGCACUCGCACUCGCACUCGGAUAUGUGAGCUUGUGCCGGUGGUCAGGAGCAUCUCCCGAGUCUGUCGCGUCGGGUCUUAGAGGCCAUUGGGGUCGUAGUCAUGUAGAUCAUCAGUCAGGAGGAAAGAAUCGGACGCGAAAAUCCGGUUAGGUCUCAGUUGAAACUCCUUGUUAGCUCUAGCAGUCAGUCUUUCGCUUGAGAGAACCAUUUUCUCUAGUCCUGGAUUCAUCGUCACCUGUGGUUGGUUGAUACAAUAUUAUGCCCGCCAUUAUAUUGCGAUGUUAUGCUA